AAAGAAAGAUGAUGAAAAAAAUGAUUGUACCAAUUGAAACUGCACAAUUUUACACAAGUUCAAUGGGAAAUUAUGGUUCAACUGUCGAGCAAGAUCACACAAUGUUGAUGGCAUUGAAUUUAACCAACGAUGAACUUUGUGUUCAAUUGAGGGAGAAUCUAACUGGAUUGCAGCAGAAUCAAAUUGAUUGGGCAUCAUACGGUUGUGAUCAUGCACCGCAUUUGACAGAUAAAAUGAUUGUAAAAGUGAUUGUACUUAGCCUUAUGGGAUUUGCGUCGCUAAUCGGUAAUGUUGCAACAAUUUGGAACAUUCAAAAGAAUCGUGCCACACGAAGAGCUUUAAGACACAGCUGUAGUGCCAUAUAUGCUCUUAUUCUUCAUCUUUCUGUUGCUGACAUUCUUGUAACAUUUUUCUGUAUCAUUGGAGAGGCACUAUGGAGCUAUACAGUUGAAUGGCUUGCGGGAGAUGUUGCUUGUAAAUUAGUUAAAAUAUUUCAAAUGUUUGCAUUAUAUUUAUCAACAAAUGUUCUGGUGCUUAUUGGGAUCGAUCGAUGGGUAGCUGUGAAAUAUCCUAUGAAAUCAAAAUUUCUUAAUACAGCUCGUUUUGUAGUUUUUAUAUAUGUGCUGUCUUUCAUCCUUAGUCUGCCUCAGGGUUUUAUAUUUCGUGUUGUUCGAGGACCAUUCAUGGAAGAGUUCCAUCAGUGCGUUACGUUCGGUUUUUAUACAGCUUUAUGGCAGGAACAACUUUACACAUGCUUUACGCUGGUAUUUAUGUUCAUAAUACCACUUUUAAUACUAGUAUCGAGCUAUAUAUCAACAUUUCGUACAAUUUCAAACUAUUAUGAAUCUGUCAAAACAGGUAGCGAGCGUGUGUUCAAAUUAGAGGCCACAAUUCAUACAGACCACAUACGAAGGAGUGAUUCUAAUCGACAAAAAUUAAUCCACAAAGCGAAAAUGAAAUCACUUCGGAUUUCAGUUGUGAUUGUUGCUGUAUUUAUUAUAUGCUGGACCCCAUAUUAUGCAAUGAUGCUCAUCUUUAUGUUUAUGAAUCCGGACGAAAGGCUUAGUGAGGACUUACAGAAUGGAAUUUUCUUCUUUGGCAUGUCAAAUUCACUUUUAAAUCCAAUAAUUUAUGGAGCAUUCCAAUAUCAGCCCAUAAAGAAGCGGAGACAAUACUUAAAACGAAGAGAUGGUUCAAUUUUACAUCGAAGCCUCUCAACGAAUGCAACAACUGUCAGAAAUUUGAACAACUUGAAUACUGUGACGCAUAAGUAUUCAGUCAACUCACAUGAAUCAUAUUCUCAUGAAUACCCAAAAGUGCAAAAUAUUGAGGAAGAAAUUUCACUGAUGAGUUUGGAGAAGGAUUUGAAGACAUUGGAGGAGCAGAACAUUGCUUUGCGUAGAAAAAAAAAGUUCUCCGAACAGCUUACAAGGAUUUUUAAGAAAAGACGUCCACAUAAAUAUAGAAAAUGAUCGAAUAUUUAUUUUUUGUACACGGACUCUUCUGUACGUUCUUUGGAACAAAUUGAGAAAUAUGGAUAAAACUGUAUUUUUAGUAAAUGUGAAAUAAGAUUAUAAUGUUGUGAUUGUAAACUUAAAAAUAAACGGAGUCAUGUCCGG